CCUGGGGACCAUGGAGUUCGCGGAGCUGAUUAAGACCCCACGGGUGGACAAUGUGGUGUUGCACCGGCCUUUCUACCCCGCCGUGGAAGGGACCCUGUGUCUAACGGGCCACCACCUGAUCUUGUCCUCCCGGCAGGACAACAUGGAGGAGCUCUGGCUCCUCCAUUCAAAUAUCGACGCCAUUGACAAACGAUUUGUGGGUUCUCUGGGUACCAUCAUCAUAAAAUGUAAAGAUUUCCGAAUUAUUCAGUUGGAUAUUCCUGGAAUGGAGGAAUGUUUAAAUAUAGCCAGUUCUAUUGAGGCAUUGUCUACUCUGGAUUCAGUCACCCUGAUGUACCCUUUUUUCUACCGACCCAUGUUUGAGGUGAUCGAAGAUGGCUGGCAUUCCUUCCUUCCUGAACAAGAGUUUGAACUCUACUCCUCUGCUACUAGUGAAUGGAGACUGAGCUAUGUCAAUAAGGAAUUUGCUGUCUGUCCUUCUUACCCACCAACUGUCAUUGUGCCCAAAUCCAUCGAUGAUGAAGCUCUUCGGAAGGUGGCAGCCUUUCGACAUGGGGGACGCUUCCCAGUACUGAGCUAUUACCAUAAAAAGAAUGGCAUGGUGAUUAUGCGAAGUGGUCAGCCUCUGACUGGCACAAAUGGCCGACGGUGCAAGGAAGAUGAGAAACUGAUAAAUGCCACCCUCAGAGCAGGAAAGCGUGGCUACCUCAUUGACACCAGAUCACUAAAUGUGGCUCAGCAAGCUAGAGCCAAAGGAGGUGGCUUUGAACAGGAAGCUCACUAUCCCCAGUGGAGGCGGAUUCACAAGUCCAUUGAGAGGUAUCAUGUUCUUCAGGAGAGCUUAAUCAAACUUGUGGACGCAUGUAAUGAACAAACCCACAACAUGGACCGAUGGCUCGGCAAGCUGGAGGCCUCCAACUGGCUGACACACAUCAAGGAGAUUCUAACCACUGCCUGCCUGGCAGCCCAGUGCAUUGACAGGGAGGGAGCGUCGGUAUUGAUUCAUGGGACAGAAGGGACUGACUCCACGCUCCAGGUGACUUCCCUGGCCCAGAUCAUCCUGGAACCAAGAAGCAGGACCAUCCGUGGCUUUGAGGCCCUGAUAGAAAGAGAGUGGCUGCAGGCUGGUCACCCGUUCCAACAGCGCUGUGCACAGUCAGCUUAUUGCAACAGCAAGCAGAAGUGGGAAGCGCCGGUAUUUCUUCUCUUCCUGGACUGUGUGUGGCAGAUCCUCCGGCAGUUCCCCUGCUCCUUUGAGUUUAAUGAGCACUUUCUCAUCAUGCUCUUUGAGCAUGCUUAUGCCUCACAGUUUGGAACAUUCCUGGGCAACAAUGAGAGUGAAAGAUGUAAGUUGAAGCUACAGCAGAAAACAAUGUCUUUGUGGUCAUGGGUCAAUCGGCCCAGUGAGCUGAGUAAAUUCACCAAUCCACUCUUUGAAGCCAACAACCUGGUCAUCUGGCCUUCUGUAGCUCCGCAGAGUCUCCAGCUAUGGGAAGGGAUUUUCCUACGUUGGAGCAGAUCCUCUAAGUAUCUGGAUGAAGCAUAUGAAGAAAUGGUUAACAUCAUUGAAUAUAACAAGGAGUUACAAGCCAAGGUCAAUAUCCUGAGGAGGCAGUUGGCUGAAUUAGAAACAGAUGAUGGACUACGAGAGAGCCCUUGAAAGACCUCCCCAACUUUCCUGAGGACCUAUCUAGGCCUCAGUCUGUCUCUCCCUCUGUUUGCCCUUCAGUUCACUGUACACAGUAGCCUGGAAUUGGCUGUAAGUGUGGGAUCCCGGAACGUUACGGCUUUCUCAGCACUGCAAGAUGGAAGUCACUAACACACACCCAUUUGGCCUGUUAGGCCCUUUGCUUUGGGAGCAGGAGUUGCUGUCAUAUCACCAACUGUGACACUAUGCCCUAUGCUGUCCUCCAUCACUACUUUCGUAACGGUGGUCCAGACUAGUUAAAUAUCCAUCUAAGACGUGGGCCGGGCUUAUCUGCAUUCAAGUAUACGAGUGUUUUUAAAAACAGAAAUGGUUGAGAAGCCAGAAUUUUGUGUUUAACAUGUUGUCCUGCCCCCUACUCCUUGCCCCCAGGUAUAAAAUGACCAUUGUCCUUUAAAACAGUUUUGGACUAACGAAGCCUAUUUUGUCAAGAAGGAAAAAUCAGAAUAGUUAUUUGCGAUAAAUUGUUCUACAAGGACAACAGGUGUAGUCUGAUAAUUUCAUUAAGAAAAGGUAAAUUUACAAGUAGACACUAAAAGUCUAUGCCAUAGAGAAUUGAAGUAGGAAUUCCUCACUGGUAGCCAUCUGCUACCAUUGCAUUGACUUUUCAGAGUUUUGACCAUACAUACAAAAUGUGCUUUGAGUCAUGAGUGUGAAUGAAACCAUAGCUUGAAAAGAAUUCACUUUUAGAACUAUACAACACAUACAGAACCCAUAAGCCAGAGGCCUGAGUUCUUAUUGCACUGGUUGGUAUCGGUCCCUUUGUGACUUAUUUUACUUUUGAAAAUUGAGUUGACUUGUGCUACAGCUAGACUUUCAUGUCAGCUGGAGCCAUUUGCAAAUCUGCCUGCCCACUUGUUCUUCCUAAGUUAGGCAAAUAGGCUCGCACUGGGGUGGGAAGCUGGGAGUGGCACAGCUGUUUGAAACCUUGCUGUAUCAGAAACAGUACUGCAGCAGCUGCCUUCAGCUCUGGGUGCUGCUGGAGGCGGCAUCUCUCUAAUCUCAGCACUUGGAAAGCCAAGGCAGGAGGCCUUUUAAGUUUGAGGCCAGCCUGAGCUAUAAAGUGGGUUCCUGGCUAGCCUGACCUACCUAGUGAGACUGUCAAAAAGACUCUAGCAGGAUCUGUGGCCCCUGCUGAAGCAUUGGAAAGUGGCACUGUUUUCCACCUUUGUCCUUCCUUCCACCUGUGCAGCAGGUCAGGAACCAAUCAGCAGUCCUGAUUCUGCUGGCGUCUUGUCCACUGCACCUCUAAGCUCAUCUCUGUUCUUGACCUGCUCUUUGGCUCGCUGAUGAGCAGAGCACAAGCGAGACUUCCUUACUGUAGGCCUGUUUUAUGUGCUUUCGCCUAUCCAUCUUAGUUUUGAAGAAGAAAUUGCCUGGAUUUCUUGGGGCUGCUUGGUCACCAGCCCUAUCUGUCACUCUGCCACUGCUUAUAUGUUUUCUUCUAUUUUUGUCUCAGCUACAUGUGAAGGAGUUCUCUACUUCUCAGCUGAUGGACCCACAAGGAAAACCAUCUGGAGGGUUUUUCCUUCGUGGUUCUUCGGAAGGGAUCCCCACUGCUGUGGACUAGUCUUAAGGCAUCUGUGCACAAAAACUUGGGGAUUUUAUUAUGCCUAGCUAGGGAGAGAUCUGCUGCCCUACCCGACCCACCCCUACCAAAUCCCCAUGUGCCUGCUCCCUGAUGAACACUUGAUGUGCAUCCAGAGUUAUGAUAGUGGUAUCCAGUAUUCUUUGUCUGUUUCCUUUUCCCAUGAAACAGCAAUCAUCACUGUUUUUGACAAGCUUGCAUUUUAGUGUGGAUUUAUAGAGAUUAUCCAAAUGUUAGCUUUGAAGGCAAACCUUGGUAUCAGUCCACUUUCCAAGGAUCAUUUAAUAAUGCAAAUACUAUAGUUUCGCUAAGCUAUCUCUGUGAGUUUGAGGUUUCGUGGAGUCACGCUGACCACACCCUUCCCUUGGGUGCAGUGAAUGAAUGCAGCAGCCACACUUGGGAAACUGGUUCCAUGUUUUGCUGAGUUGCUUGAAUGAUCAUGGUUGUGAGACCUCUAGUGAAGAGGAUUGAGGCACAAUUCUCAAGCAAGUGAGGCUGUAAGGUCCAGUAAUAAUCCAUGAGGCCUCAGACACCCAUGUACCCGUGGUCUCUGCUUACAUCAGAGGGGAUUUCACAGUGCAGGCCACGGACUGAAAGCAUCAGAGGUCAUCGCUCGCCUUUGUCAGCAAUGCAAGGGUGUUUUGGUACAAUCAGAAAACGAGUUAUUUGAUCAUCUAAGAAACCUGAAACAACUUUGUUGGCAAGAUUUUACAGUGAUGUCAGUAAUUUUUAUAUUGUAUGCCAUGAGAGAAAAGCAAAAAUAAUAAAGUCCUAUAGUCUUAGCACACAUAUUUUAAGGAAAAAUUAAGACUGUCAACAGGCAAAAAUUAAGAGUGAUCUUUUCAAAAAAAUCUGGAAGGAUGGUAGCAGGCCUGAAAUAGAGUUGGGUCUUAUUGCUGCAUUUCACUUUGAAAAAUGAGGUCUAGUGGGAUUUUACCCUUUGAUUUGGUUUGUGUUAAGUUAAUAUUACAGGAAACUUUGACCAGCAUUUAAUAUCCCAGUGUGAAAACCAGAGCACAGCAUUUGUCCCCAUCUCAGUCCACAGAGGCCCUGGCCCCUCCGGGUCUGUUUUGGGUGCCGCUGUUGUCACUGUUAGGCAUGCUUACCAGACAUCCAUCUGAAGCUGGGGCUGUGAAACCUGUCCACUUGUGCUAGAGGCGGCUGCAUGAGGGUGUGGAUAUUCCGCCUUAGAAAACUGUGCCUGGGCAGGAACUAAGACAGCCCCCACUCCAACAGAUGCUGUCAUUGGGUACAUCUGGGACAGAUCAUAGCAUAGCUUCUCAUUGUGUCUCAAGAUGACUUCCUUACAAUAUCAACAUGAGGAAAGUGCUCCUUCAUAGCUGGAACUUUAAGUCACUACCAGAGUGUUUUUAUGUUUUUCUCCAUUUUAACAGGAAAUGGUGAAACUAGUUUCUACUUUUGUAUUUAUGGCAGAUGGUACAAUGUGCAAAAUUUCCUUUCUACUGUAAGUUUCCAAAUUUUUAUUUCUUCUAAUAAAUUUGGUUCUGCUUCUAUUCUGCCUCAUAACCUACUGUCCACAGCAGUUUCUUCCUUCGACCCACAUUCCUGGAGGAAACCCAAGAUUGUACAACUAGGUUGUAGACUUCUGAACUUGUCUGACUGUUAAAACGAACAGCCCACAGAGGCACAAAUUGUGCUCAUGGUGAGCAGUCAGGGAGCUAGCUCACUGUAGGCACUGCAUUGUCCUCACGGAGGCAGCUUUCAGAGCCUUUCCCUUUAGCCUCCCGCAUUGAAGGAUUGACUAUGUGACUUGUAAUAGAGAACAUUGUGCAGCACUGCCUGCAUGUGUUGUGCUGAGGCCCUGGCUCCACUUUUAAACUGCACGUCUUGGGGAAGGUGGGGUAUUCCCACAAGUGUAUCUAGAACCCUGUUGCUUAGUCCUGAGAGAUUUGCUAGGUUUACACCAAAAUAAUUAUACUUGCACAACUCAGCUUAAUUUAGAAAAAGAAUAUAUAUUUAUUUCCUCAGUAGCUAAGCAUUAGGAUUGUACUCUGUAUAUUUGAAUGUGACUGUAUCAAAACGCACUGUCAUUCCUGUUUUGCACAAUAAAGUUGCACUGUAUGGCAAA